AUGAGGUUUGUGCAGGGCCUCAAUGUAGAGAUACAGGAGGCCUUGGUGGCGGCUCAGAUUAACACUUUUACGGAGGUUUUGGAAAAGGCCCAGAGAAUAGAAAUUGCCAGGGCACAAGUAAGGAAUUUUCACGCAAAACGGAGAGGGGCGCCUGGUGAAAAUCAAGGGUCGGCACAGAGUGAUGGAAACAUGCCACCCCCUAAAGCCGGUCGUGGAGCUGGAGGUGGAAGGUUUACGAGCACAUCUAGAGGAGGUACUCCGAGGGGAGCCCAGAGUGGAAGGGGACAGGGGAGAGGUGCCCCACAGGGAGGCCAGACAUCCAUCCCCCGAGUAUCGUAUGGGUAUUGUGGGAAAUCGAACCAUACCGAGGAUAAUUGUUGGGGAAAAGCUCGAAAAUGUUUAAGGUGUGGAAGUACGGAGCACCAGAUUGCUAAUUGCCCACUAAUCAGUGAUGCUCAGUCGGCUGGCAAAUCAAACCCUAAACCAACCAAUGUAGGAGGGAUCAGGUCAAAGGUGCCAGCCAAAGUGUAUUCUUUGGACCAGCAAUCGGUACCUGAACCAUCGGAGGUAGUGGAAGGUACGAUUCCUGUCUUCCAUCGUUUAGCCAAAAUUUUGAUAGACCCUGGUGUAACCCAUUCUUUUGUUAGCCCUACAUUUAUGCUUGGAAUUGACGUAAAUGCUGAAAGGCUACCAUAUGACUUAGAAGUAAGAACACCUACGGGUAAUCAAUCUUUACUUGCCAAGGAAGUGUAUAGAAACUGCGAUAUAUGGGUUGGUGAGCGAAAAUUAGUAGUUGACCUCAUAAGUCUAGCCAUUAAGGGGUACGAUGUUAUUCUAGGCAUGGAUUGA